CUCAGACCGUCGCCACGCUUGCCGAUGAAGGUAGGUUUCAGCAACUCCUUUUGACGCGACCGAGGCCUAGCUACAGCGUUGAGCAGUUAUUGCAGUGAAGGCCGCGAUGGGGGAGAGCACAGUCCCAUCGAUAGAUUCGGGUGUCAGCUGCUCUGAAGAAGGCCCUAUCAACGAUGUCGUGGAUACCUCCACCGCAAACUUGCGUGCUACACUGUCCUCGCAGCAUCGCGUAAAAAGAGACCUUCAAGCGGUAAAAGCUGGUGCCUUUCAAUUUCAGCAGGUUGCCGUUUACGCCGUUCCGUUCCCUCCUUCUGCGGUAUCGGAGGAAAGCGGCAGCGAUGCUCCCGGAUCACUGGAGAGGGAAGCUGACGUUAACGAGCAGCAAUACGCAAGUCCCGGCGGUCAGUCUCCUGAGUCUACGCCGGCACUCUUCCCCAGAAUGGAAAGUCCUGUAGCCCUGGUAUUGCUGUGCUUGUUUGUGUUGGAGCGACGCAUCGCUUCCCUUGAGGCAGCCAUUGAAGCAUUAUCUACCAGAGUCGGUGUGCCUUCGCCAAGCAUUAGGUCACCAGGUACGUGCCCCUCCACCGAAAGUGGCCCGGCAAGUUCAUUUGCUGCACAGUCCCAGUCAUCUGUAUAUCAAGCGGCCUCAAAUGAUGACGACAUGUGUGAACGGUCAGAAGCUCUUCUCGGCACUAACACUAUAGAAAGCGUGAAUCCAAAUCGUUGCCGGUGUCCUUGUCACCGCGAUUUUCGUUCCCAAGCACCACCUGAAAGGAAAUACACGCAAGGACCUCCGCGUGUCCCCGAUCAUCGAGGUGAACAAGCACCACCCAGGGGUGAAAGCACAUUUUGUCAACCAAGUACAGGCAGUCUAUCUGCCAUGUAUGAUUCAAAUUGGCAUGAGCCACGAAGCAGGCGUCACCAAGGUGUUCACGAGGGACAUUUGCAUGAUUCGACUGCAGCCGAUUCUCGUUCAAUCACUUGGACGCCUAACAGCCUUGCCCUUCUGGCCAGCCGAGCCUUCGAGCGCGGACACGACGAAGAAGUGUUCAGUCCCGUGUCUCAGAUAGCGGGAUAUCAGGAGGCACACGUGACGAUGACGAUGCUUCGGGUACUUGGCUUUCAAAGUUUGCGAGUGACCGUCUAAUGUCACUGGGAAUAUUCGCAAGAGUACUGUUUCGGAUGCAUUUACAGUUACGGGGUCUGAAACUGGCACCAUUCCAGCCAAAGACUGUCUGUGAGUGUCAUCUCAAGAGGCAAUGUUGUACAAUUAUAUAAAUAGGCUUAGGAGCACACGCAAUUUGUGGUUCAAGCUCAGUGCCUAAUGCUUUAGUCUUUUCAGUACCACUAAUCAAAGUUUCUUUCUGCGUCAUUGUGAUCAUAACCACCAGAAGGUUUUUCUUUAAAUAGAAGCCUAAACAUCUUCUAAUGAUAUAUGGUUUACCAGGUCCUGAACGAGCAGAUCGCACUUUCUUUCUGCAAAUUUUUCCCACAAUCUCAGCUAUGUUUUGCAAGCCUCAACAGCACGUCUAACGCUUGGUAUUUAUAUCUACGUCCUAGCUCACUGUCCACUUCUUGCCAUCUGCAUGACAUGAACCAUUGAUGUACCCUUUCGACAAACGUAUCAGCCACUCUCGCUCGUUCUCUGAGACAUUGAUCUCUUCCUAUCACUUACUGCUGUUAUCAUUCAGCACAUCUUAAAUCUCAUCUCUAAGUUUUUAUAGAAUUUGUUCCCAGAGUAGUCGUUCGAACACAUUCAAGCAUGCGGUCAACUGCAUGGGAGACACUGGAUCUUUUUGACAGGCCUUUUUUUUUUUUGGUCGCCAGGUUUUUCAAUUUUUCUGUGAAAAAUUUUACCUUAAAUCUACCCACU